AAACUAUCAUUCAUCUGCUCAGUGCAGACAGUGGUCAUCCGUUGGUUGUACAGGGACUUGGACGAAACAGAACCGAGUUUGCAAUCUUUGGUGAGUACUUAGGCAGGUAUUUUUGACUUUCUAAUCAAUUUAUUCGCGAGAUGUAAAUAGUUGUAUGCUUAAAUUCAUCGCAUCGGGUUCUGCAACACGGACCGGAAGCGUCCUAGCUAGAGCGCCAACUUUUAAAAAAGUGAAAUGGUUGUGCUGAAAUUUUGGAAAAAAAACAAACCGGUUUGGUCAACCUUAAACCACAAUCAAAUCAACUCACACCAUUUUUAAAUACCAUGAAUGAAAAUAUAAUAAUUAUCCAGACGGGUUUUCAAGUAAAUUGGCGCGCGCGGUAAACUCAUGUCAGAUGCUACACGAUAACGACGAUGCAUCACUCAGAAUUGUAUCACUGAGAAAUGGCUGUGAAUAAUGGCAGCUUCUGUAGGUCUUGUAUUGAAAUAAGUUUCUACAUUAUUUUCGGUCAACAGCAACAUUAUUUUGACGGAAUAUAAAUAUUUGCCCUCCGCGUAGGUGUCCACACGGUACGUGUGCGCCAAAAUUUACUGUAACGCUGGCCGCAUAUAAAGUACGUAGAAAUAUUAAAUUUGAAAGUUUCAGUGUUCGAAAUUUAAGACCAGUAAAGGUUCGUUCGUUUUAGAGAAGCCGUGGAGUAGUGUUGAAAAACCGUUGGAGCUCAGAAAAUAAUUGUUCUCCAUUCUAUCUAAACCAGAAAUUGUUUUAAUUAGCAUAAUGAACAGCUCUCAAAAUCACUAUUUUAAUCCUAUCACAAGCCCCACAGAUUCCCAAAUUUUUCUACGGAUUUCUCUAGAAUAUAUAAAGAAUAGAACUCGCUUUGGUCUGGUACAGCGCACUGAUCGAUCGUUGUCGUUCGCAAAUGCAAAUGCUCCGAUAGAUAUUAAGGUAAUUACCGUCUGAAACCAAAACGUGCUUCGCCUCGGUCUAAAUACGCUAGUUUCCGUCACGAAACACUUAUUAUAAGUUACCGUGGGACACCUUUAAAUUUUGCGGGUUCUAGUUUUGCGUUUAUUUUAUUGUUAUUGUUUUUUUACCUUCAAGUAAAGUUUUGGCAAAAGACGCGCGCAUAACCUGGCACUUGGCAACAACAUGCUGUCAGCGGGAAUCGCAGGUGAAAAAAUUAAAGGGACUUUUCCCAUGACCUCUUAGAGCAAAUGGCCUAUUCAAAGAAAACGUCUUAGCAAGGAGAUUAUGGUUACUUAAAUUUCCAAACAUUAUACACUUGAGAUACGAUUUUCCCUGACGUUUUUUCGUCAUAAUUAGCGGAAUGAAUCUCGGAAAUCCGUCUAUCCCAUUUAGAAUUAUAUUUCCGGUCAAUUCUUGGAAGCUCCAUAACACUCUGUUUAAUUAAGUUUUAUUUUUUUUAUUUGCAGAUCGAUUAUUAAGAAAUCUUUCCUGAAUUCACCAUGCUUAGUCAGUACAUGUGUGUUUUACCUGAUAAUGACAAGAAGCCUUUUGAUCUUCAAUACCUGUGCCCGUCCUGCAGAAAUGUGCUGAGAGAUCCAGUACAAACUAGUUGUGGACACCGAUACUGCAGGUCUUGUAUAGAGGAGUUGUUAAGGUAAUUUUAAGUUCGAUCGUCUCCCUCUUAGGUCAUCAGACAUCGUAAAAUACUACAAGCAAAGGGAAAUACUAAUACGUUACAAAAAGUGGAGUGGGAAGGGAAAACAAGCACGUGGACCGGCAAAAUGAAAAAUGGGAGCAAAUCCUAACUUGAACAGCAAUAGUCUGCGAGUAGUCUCUUAUUUUUCUUUGCAAAGCUACUGCACGCGAAACCCAAGCACGCGAGCAGCGAUAAACAAGACCGUCUUAAAGCCCGUCCCAGUCCCUCAUUAUUGUAACGUAACGUGGUGGAACUAGACGGAUUUUAAGAGAAAAGGCUGACCGCAAGCAGUCUAACCCUAGCAGUAACGGGCUCAAUUUUCAAUUCUACGGUUUGUUCCCAUUUUUUCAUUUUCCCUUUCUCGGUGCUUGUACCCUGCUCCCCGUUCCUCUUUAUAGUUUCUUCCGAAAUUAAAUACGAACUGGAAAAUAAGCACCUCAUACCAUAAGCACACUUUAUGUUAUUACUUUGUAUAUGUAAGAAAUACUUCACGGACGUUAAGAACCGCCGAUGCUGACCUGCCUGUGAAGUACAUCUUUACUGAGUUGCAGCCACUGCCAAUACUUAAUGAUCUACACUACACACAUGUAAAAACAAUCGUACACAAGCACAAAAAUGCAUGAGGUUUAUUGUCGCGUGGCGUUAAUGCUAUAUCAUGGAAUUUCUCUCUGAUAAACAUUUUGUUUCUUUUUUGUUUCGAUUUUUGUAAGGUCGUCUUCUGGCAAGUGUUUGGUCGAUAACAAACAAAUCAAAAGGAAAGAGGUAAAUACUCUCUUGUUAGCUCUUGUUCUUGUUCUCUUGUUAAAGUUUGAAGCUUUAAAGGACGGAAAAGAACUUACUUUGCCAACGAACAGAGCAGAAGAUUUAGACUUCAGCGUGUAAGAUAAAAGAAAAUCCGCUUUUUUAAUGCCAGCAGUAUAGAGCCUACUUUUAAUUCAGGCUGAAUCGUCUCUAACAAAAUAAUGUACCAUAAAAUCAUUUCUUUCUUAGAUUUUCGAGGACCAUUUUGCAAGACGCGAGAUUCUGUCGUUACCAGUCCAGUGUACUAACCACGGCGACGGCUGCGAUUGGAGAGGGGAACUGAGACAACUAGAAGUAUGUUGUAUUACGUCAUUGAAAAUAUUCUGCCGUUUCGUUCUUGCUUUAAAAAAUAGGAAAACAACGGAUCCCUGAGGGCAAAUCUUCGUUCUUUUUAUUUUACGCAAUUGACUAUUGGUGUCGUUUCCCCCCAACAAACGCUAGGGUCGCAUUAAUGCUUAAUGCUCCUUUUUGAAUACCGCUCCCUGUAGCUUUGACCAUGCACCAAGCCUUAAACAUUUUACUCCUUUGUUUCACUGCUUAAGGUUCACAUGGAAAAAUGCUCAUAUGCAAAGGUUCAGUGUAUGCAUUCUGGUUGCGGAGCCCUGGUACCAAGGGACGAUUUGCCUCGCCAUCUGACUGAAGAUUGCAACUUCAGGCAGGUGAUUUGUCAGCUGUGCAAACUGGAGACAACUGCUGACCAGUUAAAGGUAACAUUUGUCAAUGAGUUUAUUAGAUUAAGAAUUGUUUGACUAGAAAGGGCGGAUGAUCUGCCGCAAAGCAAGCUGCAGAACUUGCGAAUCUUGAUUGAUUGAUGAAUCAUUUCAAGGAAUCGAUGUAUCUCUCGAUGAAGCUUUCUUCUUAUGACGAUAUAUGCCCUUGAUCAUAAGAUUUUAAUGCUCCUAUUACCAGUCCAAAGUUUUGCAGGUUUGCCCGUUCAUGUUCUGUAAAUGAUAUUUAGUCAUUGUGUCUUUUUGCAGCAACACCACGAAGCGGACUGUCAGGAAUACGUCGUAGAUUGUCCGAAAUGCUUCGCUGUGAAAAUGCCACGAAAACAGGUAAAUUGUAAUUAAAGUCAAAUUCCACGUGACUGUGUGCAUCGGAUUCUUGGCUUUUUGUUUAUUCCUCCAUUCACCCACAAGGCUUACUAGAAAGUCGAUUGAUAAAAGCAAGGCUCUUAUGGUGUCUGCGAACGAUGUUUCCUUUUGAAAAUUUGUCUCAGAAAGUUUAAGGCUAAGUUCACACUACAGUCGACUCGCCUUAUUGCGGACACCCUCGCGGGGGAGAUUUAGUGUCCGUAAUAGCCGGGUACGAGAGAAAAAAUUGUUUUCUCCUUAAACUUAUGAAAUAAUAUCUAUAAGUCCCAGACGCAAUGUAGUUUCGACAAUUCUUUACUUCUUUUAACUGUGGACCACAAUAGAUUAUAAAGCAAUCCCACUGUAGCUCUUGAUUAAAGGUAAUAAGAUUGUAAAUAGAUCUAAGUAUGCUGUAGUAUCACUUCCAAGCUCCUGCAAUGACAAGGGAUGCAUAAGAAAGGGCUAAAAUGUUAACUUGCUGUCAAAUAUGUUUUUUAUUGUUUUUGGCAUGCGCAGCUCUUUUAUCGCAAAAAUGCUGCACAGAAACCUGUGCAACGACGUUUACAGUAGAGUGUUAAAAUAACGCAAAAUAUUUGUAAGCUCUAAUGGCAAUGUCUUUUCUCCCUAAAUGCUAUACAGCUGUCAAUUGUUUACUCUUUUACAAAGAAACAGGCGAUAGUACUUUGUAUCACUUUUUCCUUUACUGUGACGUCGCUAUUUUCUUUAUGUUGUGCGAGUCAGGAUUUUUGACGAAGUACUCGAGUAUCAGCUAUAUCAAGAGAAAAAAAAACAAGUGAACUGUCGCGCUUGGAGGCAGGAAAUUGUCCGCAUUCCCGUAAUAGCGAGAGUCCGUAAUAGUGGGAGUUUAUUUCAGUCAUUUCUUUACUGUGUUUCGCCGGGGGGACUGGUUCUUGUCCGCAUUGGCGGGGUGUCCGUAAGGCGAGAGUCGACUGUAUAUCGGAUAGCUUUUGCGCCGGCGCGAAAAUCAUACCGGUUAAGGCUUCUGUUUACACACAAGAACGGUUGUGGCAGCGUGAUUUCCGUGACAUAGCGAAGCUGCGCCGCCGCGCCCAUCUCUAAAGCGGAAAGUCAAAAGCGGCGCUACGAAAAGCUAUCCUGGAUAGUGUGAGUAGAAGCUAGUCUGUAGAUCAAGAUGAGCUAUGAAUUACAUACUAAAAGCUAAUACAUACAUUCUUGGAAUUGAACGAUUUUGCACUUUAAGAAGGCAAGACUGUGUUCAAACUACAGGAAAGUAGAAUAAUAUGACGCUUACUAUUAAUCUACAACAGCUUUCGAGCCACCUGGAUUCUGUCAAUGGAGAUUGCGAAGCUUUUGAGGCAGCUUGUCCGUUCCACACCGUAGGAUGCCCGGAUAAAGAGGUUGGUCUUGUGAAAACAUACUGUUUUAUGCUUGAAAAGCCAAAAUUUUCCAUGCAAAGUAUUGUUAAAUCCCCUUGUCACCGUAAAAUGUAAAUAAUAAUAAUACAAACCUCUCAAGGACAAAACGUUUUAAAUCAAACUAUACGAUGUGAAGAGAAAAUUAGUACGAAGCUCUCACUUCAGUUCAACACCGCACUUUUUAUAGACAGAAAUAUGACAAACCCAUGUUUUUGUUCUUUUUAAAUUCAUUCACGCUUUCAAACUUCAGGCUUUCGGCACAAAGUCUUCAAGCCAGACGAACAUAUUUAUAUUGCUUCCGUUUUAAGUACCCACACUACCUCUUUCAAACUACAGAAUUUAUAAUCCUUUGAAAACAAUAGCUUAAAACAUAACAUAAGUCAACGAGAAAAAUAUGAUAAAUUAAUGAAAACAAAAUAAGGCCCUUGAACGUAGCUAACUAUAGGCGUGCUUUUUUUGUUUUCAUUUUUUAUAGCCAAGAAAGAGAAAAGAAAACAAGGAUCAUCAGGGUAAAAUGGUGACAAAUCACCUUAACUUUCUCCUGUUAUUUGUGCAACAACUGUCAAAUUUGGUGUAUUCCAAGAUUGAUCAUGCAAAUACAUCAACGGAAAGAUAUCGACUCUUGGAAACCAUGGAUACCACAAUUCACAACUUACUACAAAAAGUAGAAAAUAUCAUAGUAGAACAGUCUGACAUGUCGAAACUACUUCAAAGCCAUGGUACACGCAUUAGUGAUGCUGAAAAGUGCAUUGAACGCCUUUUAAUGGAUGACGUCAUACCUGACAGUCCUCCUUUAAACUCCAUGCAUCUUUGGUCUCAAGGCGAAGCGGGUAUAAGUCGUGUAUUGCAUAGGUUGGACAAUGCUGAUGCAAAAGCAGCUAAUCAUGAAGUUCUGUUGGUUGAAAUGAACGCAAUGGUGCAAGAAAAGACCAAGCAUGUCAAUGUCUUAGAGACUCAGCUAAGAAAUGCAAAUGAGGAAAUUAGGAAACUUCAACGGCGAAUGGAAACUUUGGAGUAUAAUUCAAGUCUCAGGAAUAUCGCUACCGCUGAUUUAGAAGAACAUAUUAGACAGCAGGAGUUUUCGUGCAAUGAUGGUAUCCUUAUAUGGAAGAUCACCGAUUUUGCAAAGCGCAGGAACGAAGCCAUAACUGGCAAACAGGUGUCUUUCUAUAGCCCGUGCUUUUACACUAGUCGCCAUGGCUACAAAAUGCGCGUGCGUAUCUAUUUAAACGGUGACGGCAUCGGCAAGGGAACGCACAUUUCACUGUUUUUUGCUGUCAUGCGCGGUGAGUACGACGCAAUACUACGCUGGCCAUUUCAACAGAAGGUUACACUCAUGUUACUUGAUCAAAACAAUGUAGAACAUGUAAUCGACGCCUUUAGGCCGGAUCGCAACAGUUCAUCUUUUCAGAGACCAAGAAGAGAAGUAAACAUCGCUAGUGGAUGUCCUACAUUUUGUUCCUUAUCAGAGCUACACAACCACGCCUAUGUCAAAGACGACACCAUGUUUAUCAAAGUCAUAGUUGAUACCUGCGAUAUAUAAAAUGGUCACCGUUUCUUAACAAGGCUAGAAGAUGUAUUUUAUUUUACAUUAUUGAUCACAUCCUUUUUAACUGUAUUUAGCUGUUUAACAUUGCU